AUGCCGUACUGCGACUUGGUGCUGAGUAGAAGAUUCCCAGCUCCGCUUGAACAUGGAUUCCUCCCUGGCGCCUCUCGCUACACACGAUAUCCGUACGCCAUCUUCGGGGAACUGCGAUAUCCCUACGCCGCCGACGUAGAUCAACUUGCUCGCAUCCCUGAAAACGCUGCACAAGCUCCUCCUCCUGCUGCUGAACCGGCUCCGCGACCCGCGCGAGCCCCACGUCAGGCCCAAGCUGGUAUCGUAAUCCGCGAACCCCUUCAAGAGGGGAGCGCGCCACUUUCUGGCAGUCGCGCAACCAACGCUUCCCAAGCCGCUGGCCAGUCUGGGAAGCAAAAGGCAAUAAUGAUAGAGCCUGAGGACAAAGAAUCCUCCUCUGAUGAUGAUGACAUGCAAACGAUCGCUGCUCUCUCGGCUCGGAAGCGCGCUCGUUCUGAUCCUCGAACUGACCUGUGGGCAGAAGAUGAACCAAUCGCUGACCGACUGGUUCGCCACAGGUCCUCGAGACAUGCUGAAGAAGGAUCUUCAACUGUUGGUGACGGCAAAUCUGCUUCCCAAGCUCCAGCGCCAACUGUUGUGAACCACUCUCCAACUCCUGCGGGCGCUGUAGAAAAUGCACAAUUGGCCUUGAUACCAGUGCAGAUCAUAGAUGACAGCUCGCCGGAGGCUGAAAAUAGAGUACUGCCACUGGACGCCCCUCGCGAGGAACCAAGCGACGUUCCUGUCCUGGAACAGAUAGCGCCUGACUCAAUUCCUGUUCCCAGCGACGCUAACCCAGAGACAAUGCUCGCGAUCAUUGUGUAUGAGCCCCCAAUCGAAGAGGUUCCAAACGUCGUUGGAACUGGGGACGAUGUAAUCGGGGCAGUAGAAGCAGAAGCUGCUGAGCCUGUUCCUAACGUGGUUGAUCAGGAACUUCCUCCCCCUGCCCCCCAAGUCGCUGAAGCUGAAGAAUUGGAAGACCUUCCUGAACCAGCGCCGGAGGUACCUGAACCAGUGCCAGAAGUACCUGUCGCUGAACCUCCUACUCCCUCUACUUUGGAAAGGUUAGCUCGUGUACUUGAAGUGCCCCCCCCUGGGGUCGUAGAUGAAGUCAGAGAAGGCCUUCGCCGCCUCCUGGGCCCUGACAUCUUGAUUCCUGGUGCGCCUGUGAGGGUCCUAGAAUACUUGAGGGUGCUCCUCCGCGAGGGAGCCAUCACUGAGGAACAAUUCCAGGAAAUCGAUCAACUGUUGCAGGAUCUUCCUCAAGGGCUCAACGAGCGGGCAGUCGCGAAUGCGCAGGCCAGUGAGAAAAUCACAACUGCCCAUCGUACGGUUGAGGCCACUGAGAUUGGCGCUAUAAAUACCUGCACUCUGGGGAGAUGA